CCGCCGCCGCCGCCGCAGCAUCUCGCGGCGCCUGCUCACCAGCCGCAGCCCGCGGCCCAGCUGCACCGCACCACCAACUUUUUCAUCGACAACAUCCUGAGGCCGGACUUCGGCUGCAAAAAGGAGCAGCCGCCGCCGCAGCUCCUGGUGGCAGCGGCGGCCGGAGGAGGCGCAGGAGGAGGCCGGGUCGAGCGUGACAGAGGCCAGACGGGCGCAGGUAGAGACCCUGUCCAUCCGCUGGGCACGCGGGCGCCGGGCGCCGCCUCGCUCCUAUGCGCCCCGGACGUGAACUGUGGCCCACCCGACGGCUCUCCGCCAGCCGCCGGCGGCGGUGCGGGUGCGUCUAAAGCCGGGAACCCGGCGGCCGCGGCGGCCGUGGCGGCGGCGGCAGCGGCCAAGCCUUCGGACAGCGGCGGCGGCAGUGGAGGCGGCGUGGGGAGCCCUAGUGCGCAGGGUGUCAAGUACCCGGAGCAUGGCAACCCCGCCAUCCUGCUUAUGGGCUCAGCCAACGGCGGGCCCGUGGUCAAAACUGACUCGCAGCAGCCCCUCGUAUGGCCCGCCUGGGUGUACUGCACGCGCUACUCGGAUCGCCCGUCCUCCGGUCCGCGCACCAGGAAGCUGAAGAAGAAGAAGAACGAGAAGGAGGACAAGCGGCCGCGGACGGCGUUCACGGCCGAGCAGCUGCAGAGACUCAAGGCGGAGUUCCAGGCGAACCGCUACAUCACGGAACAGCGGCGGCAGACCCUGGCCCAGGAGCUCAGCCUCAACGAGUCCCAGAUCAAGAUCUGGUUCCAGAACAAACGCGCCAAGAUCAAGAAAGCCACGGGCAUCAAGAACGGCCUGGCGCUGCACCUCAUGGCGCAGGGACUGUACAACCACUCCACCACCACGGUCCAGGACAAAGACGAGAGCGAGUAG